CCUUCCCUCUUCCUACCCACCCGUGAGAGCCAGCCCCCUCCGUACCCUCACCUGUCCGUCCUCCCUCCCUCGCUGCCUGCAGUCCGCCUCCCGCCGCCCCUUUCCGCUCCCGGCAGCCGGUGGCUGACGCGUUUCCUGCCGCAGCUCUGGGCUUGGCGAGUAGUCGGAGCCGGGGCGGCCAUUUUCACCCGGUCCUUCCCCCCCCCCCGCCCGGCACCUCCCUCUCCGUCUCCCUCCUCGUCCUGUCCACCCACUCCUCCCCCACACCAUCUGUCUGCACCCAGCCAGCCAGCCACCUACCUACCUCCCUCCUCCGCUGCGAUCUCCAUGUUAGAGGGUGAGGAGUGGCGUCCGAAAGGUCCUGUCUCUCACGUCUGGAGCCGGGAAGCGGUGCAGCGGCGGCCGGUGAGCGCUGUCUCCUCUGGCCGCUGAAGCCGGGGCCUUGUAACCGAGGCUGAGGGCAGUGAGUGGUGGGACUGCAGCUGCCGCUGUUUCUCAGGGGGAAAGGUCCGCAACCGACAGCGCCUGGAAACGGCCCCGCUUCAAUAUCUCUUUGCACAUCAUCGAGAUUGUUGUUUCCUUUUUUUUGUGUGUGUGUGGGGAAAAUGUGGACGCACCGAAAGGAUACUCGGCUUCAUUAGGCGGUGUGUUUGGUGGACGGCUGCUGGAUGUCUCCGGCUGCAACCCGCCGGGCCGACUUCAGUUGAAGCCCACCGCUUCUCAACAUUUCGCCACUCAUGUCCUGUUGAGUCGAGUCUUCUGCAAUUAUUUGGGCAACGGUGCUAAGUUGAAACCAGGAGGGGGCAAAAAAAAAGAAACAAAAUGUCUACUCGAACGCCAUUACCUACAGUGAAUGAACGUGAAACAGAGCAUCACACUUCGCAUGUGGAUGGCCGUUCAGAGGUUUCUUCGCGGUCAACCCGUUCUGGAGGCGCCCGAUGCCGGAAUUCAAUUACAUCUUGCGUCGAUGAGCAGCCACAUAUAGGAAACUAUAGACUUCUGAAAACUAUUGGCAAAGGAAACUUUGCCAAGGUGAAGCUGGCUAGACAUAUCCUUACUGGAAGAGAAGUUGCAAUAAAAAUUAUAGACAAAACACAGCUGAAUCCCACCAGUCUGCAAAAGCUUUUCAGGGAAGUAAGAAUAAUGAAAUGUUUGAACCAUCCAAAUAUAGUGAAAUUAUUUGAAGUUAUUGAAACAGAGAAGACUCUCUAUUUAGUGAUGGAAUAUGCAAGUGGAGGAGAGGUGUUUGAUUACUUAGUUGCUCAUGGAAGAAUGAAAGAAAAGGAGGCUAGAGCGAAAUUCAGGCAGAUAGUAUCUGCAGUGCAGUACUGUCAUCAAAAGCAAAUUGUACACAGAGAUCUGAAGGCUGAAAAUCUGCUGCUAGAUGCAGAUAUGAAUAUUAAAAUCGCAGAUUUUGGCUUCAGCAAUGAGUUUACAGUUGGUAAUAAACUGGACACGUUCUGUGGAAGUCCACCAUAUGCUGCUCCAGAACUCUUCCAAGGGAAGAAAUAUGAUGGGCCUGAAGUUGAUGUUUGGAGUUUAGGUGUUAUACUUUACACAUUAGUCAGCGGUUCAUUACCAUUUGAUGGACAGAACUUGAAGGAACUAAGGGAAAGAGUGCUCAGAGGGAAAUACCGGAUUCCCUUUUACAUGUCUACAGACUGUGAAAACCUCCUCAAACGCUUUCUGGUACUUAAUCCUUCUAAAAGAGGUACACUGGAGCAAAUCAUGAAGGAUCGGUGGAUUAACGCGGGUCAUGAUGAUGAUGAGCUUAGACCUUUUGUAGAGCCAGAUCUGGAUAUCUCAGAUUCUAAAAGAAUAGAUCUAAUGGUUGGAAUGGGUUAUAGCCGUGAGGAAAUUCAGGAAUCUCUUGCCAAAAUGAAAUAUGAUGAAAUAACUGCAACGUAUUUGCUGUUGGGUCGAAAGUCCAAUGAGUUGGAAGUCAGUGAUUCAAGCUCCAGCAGUAACCUUUCCUUAGCUAAGAUCAGGCCAAGCAGUGACCUCAAUAAUAGUACCGGACAAUCUCCUUCCCACCACAAGGUCCAAAGAAGUAUAUCAGCCAAUCAAAAGCAACGACGGUACAGUGAUCAUGCUGGACCUUCUAUUCCACCUGUGGUAUCCUAUCCAAAGAGAAGUCAAACUAGCACUGCAGAUAGUGACUUAAAGGAGGAAGUUCAGUCAAGGAAGUCCAGCACCACUGCUGUAGGAGGAAGAGGAAUUACUCCUUCUAGCCCGAAGUUGGGAAGUGCUAACAACCCAAACAAAGCAGAGAUUCCUGAUCGCAAAAAGAGUUCUGUUGUAACUAGUAAUAACAUGGUGUCUGGAGGAAUGACCCGACGAAAUACAUACGUCUGCAGUGAAAGAACAAACGUAGAUAGGCAUUCAGUAUUACAAAAUGGAAAGGAAAACAGCCUGACAGAAAUGUCUGCUUGUGCGACUAGUUCUGCGUCUGCAUAUGUAUCUCCUCCUGCAUCUACAUCCGCUUCUACUACAUCUUCCACUUCUGCCCGAUUGCGACAUCAGAAGUCAAUGUCCAUGUCAGGCUCAGGGUAUGCUACCAAGAUGAUGCCUACAAUAGACAAUGAAGCAGAUUACUUCCGGCCUAACACUGCUCCAGGUCAGAGGACACCUGUGACCUCCACCCAUAGUAUCAGCAGCACAACCACUCCUGACCGCCUGCGUUUCCCCAGAGGAACUGCCAGUCGCAGCACUUUCCAUGGUGGCCAGCUUAGAGAACGACGAAAUGCAACGUAUAAUGGACCACCUGCAUCUCCAACACUGUCUCACGAUGCCACUCCCCUAUCCCAAGCACGAAGCCGAGGUUCUACAAACCUCUUUAGUAAACUAACCUCAAAGCUCACAAGAAGAAACAUGUCUUUCAGGUUUUCCAAAAGGGUCACUAUUGACCCAUCAAAACGGCAGACUUCGAACAAAUCAGUGCCCGCAAAUACUCCUCCACAAGGAUCAAAGACUUAUCGCAAUGUAUCUGGGGAUCAAAAAGACGAAAUCAAAGAAGCAAAGCCCCGUUCACUCCGAUUUACCUGGAGUAUGAAAACGACCAGCUCCAUGGAUCCCAAUGACAUGAUGAGAGAGAUCCGAAAGGUUCUUGAUGCAAACAAUUGUGAUUAUGAACAGCGUGAGCGUUUCUUGCUCUUUUGUGUCCAUGGCGAUGGUCAUGCAGAAAACCUUGUACAAUGGGAGAUGGAGGUCUGCAAACUGCCAAGACUGUCACUUAAUGGAGUUCGUUUUAAGCGAAUAUCAGGAACAUCCAUAGCUUUUAAAAAUAUUGCUUCCAAAAUUGCCAAUGAAUUAAGGCUGUAAAAUAUGGCUAAGCUAUAGUUUCAGGCGACAUUUCAUGAGUGUUUUUUUCUGAACACUGGUGGAAAUUUAUUGAAGAAAAUGUAUAGGAUAAUGCUUACGCAAUAACUACUGCAAUUUCAGAUCAUGGUAUUGGAAAACAGUGGAAAUUCACAAGCUGCUGAGGGGAUGGGGAAGUUGAUCAAAGAAUAGAUUUUCUUUUUAUAAAAGUGCACUACAGCAGUCAGUAUCCUAAUAACUGAACAGCUUGCCCCUUCAUCUCAGUUACUUCACGUUUGUAAUUGGCUUAGAGUCAGUUGCUUGUAAAACAAACUGGAAAUGAUUCAUCCUGUGUAGGUAUGAUCCGUGUAUGUAUUAAAAAAAUGUUCCAACAAAAUCCUUCUCUUUAAAAUGUUGUUGAAUUGAGAGACCUGUUUUCAAACCUGUAUAUCUUCCACUGUUAGUACUGAUUCAGGUGCUUAGCUUUUCAAAGACAACGAAUUGUAAGAAACAAAUAAACUCAUUUUCCAUCAGUUGUGUUUAAUGGCCUUCUGACAAUGGAGGUGUGUACCUAUGAGCUAGUUGUUUCUGUAAAAUAUAUUAUAAAGCAAGAAAUUCUGCUAAUGGAAGAAACCUAUCAGCUGUAUUUAGGCCUGUGAUGAUAUAAAUUACCUGUGUUAAGCCAGGGGUGCUGUGAUUUGGAAAUGAUUUAAGUACUGUAGAUCACAGAUGCUAAACCACACUUAGGAUCUCUUUAUUGUAGAAAAUAUCACCAUCUAAGACUGUUCCUUAAUCAAUUAGGACAUAAAAUUAUAUGUUUAUUGUUUGAGUUUCUUUACAGUAAAGCUUAGAUUGGAAACAGUUUUGUUCGGCCGUACUUUAUUUAGCUGUAAUUAUUGUUAAUAAGAAUACAGUCUGUCCUCCACACAUACUAGCUAAGUAAAAAUGUCUUGAGUCUGUAAUUUAACAUUUGGCAGUAUGGGACAAUAUUCAUUUAAGUAUGCGGUUUUUGUUUUUUUUCCAAACUAUCAGCACUGUCCUUUGGAAUGUAAAUAAUGUAACUUAGUUUGCGGACAGUAUCAUACUGUUAUACAGUUUUUUUUUCAUUUUUUUAAUGUUCUGUAAUGAGCCAGGAGUUACAAAUCAAUGUAAGUUGUCAACAUUUCAGGUUCACAACUCUUCAUUAAAGGAAAAGAAACUAAAAUGUAUUUCUGAAAUGUCACAUAUCAGUUUACUCACUGACAAAUAUGCACAUAAAUAUAUACACAUAUAUACAAUGUCUAUCAGCCUAUUAGCUAUAAAUAUUUUAUUCCUUGUAUUUUUCCAUUUUACACCAAUGAUUCCGUCCAAGUAUGUUGCUGUUUAGUCCACUAGCAACUAAGAAUAGUAUACACAUGGAUUGACAUAAAUCAAAACUAGUGAAAUGGAAGGUCAAACCUUUUUGCUAAGUUUUUCCACUCAUGUAAUUCAAAUACCAGAAAAUAAAUUCUUCUCCAUGUAUAAUGC